AUGCGCAAAACACCGGAACUCAGACCCGCGCGACUGCGGUACAGACUGUGGUACAGACUGCGAUACAGACUGUGGUACAGACUGCGAUACAGACUGCGGUACAGACUGCGACUGUGGUACAGACUGUGGUACAGACUGUGGUACAGACUGUGGUACAGACUGUGGUACAGACUGCGAUACAGACUGUGGUACAGACUGCGGUACAGACUGCGGUACAGACUGCGACUGCGGUACAGACUGCGAUACAGACUGCGGUACAGACUGUGGUACAGACUGCGGUACAGACUGCGACUGCGGUACAGACUGCGGUACAGACUGCGGUACAGACUGCGGUACAGACUGCGGUACAGACUGUGGUACAGACUGCGACUGUGGUACAGACUGUGGUACAGACUGUGGUACAGACUGUGGUACAGACUGUGGUACAGACUGCGGUACAGACUGCGGUACAGACUGCAAUACAGACUGCGAUACAGACUGCGGUACAGACUGUGGUACAGACUGUGGUACAGACUGUGGUACAGACUGUGGUACAGACUGUGGUACAGACUGUGGUACAGACUGUGGUACAGACUGCGAUACAGACUGUGGUACAGACUGUGGUACAGACUGUGGUACAGACUACUGCGGUACAGACUGCGGUACAGACUGCGAUACAGACUGUGGUACAGACUGUGGUACAGACUGUGGUACAGACUGCGAUACAGACUGUGGUACAGACUGUGGUACAGACUGCGAUACAGACUGUGGUACAGACUGUGGUACAGACUGUGGUACAGACUGCGGUACAGACUGCGGUACAGACUGUGGUACAGACUGCGAUACAGACUGUGA